AUGGCUGAGCAGAUUGAAAAAGCCUUCCAACAGCAACACCUCUUCCAAAACGCCAAGUGGCGCGGUGGCAAGAAGGUUGUCACCAAGACCAAGAGGUGGUACAAGGAUGUCGGUCUUGGAUUCAAGACCCCCGCCGAGGCCAUCAACGGCACCUAUAUCGACAAAAAGUGCCCAUUCACUGGUGAUGUCUCUAUCCGAGGCCGUAUCUUGACUGGGCGUGUUGUAUCGACCAAGAUGACGAGGACGAUCAUCAUCCGACGGGACUACCUCCACUACAUUCCCAAAUACAACCGAUACGAGAAGCGUCACAAGAACUUGGCGGCGCACGCUUCGCCUGCGUUCCGUAUUGAACUUGGAGACACGGUGACUGUGGGGCAAUGCCGACCGCUGUCCAAGACGGUUCGAUUCAACGUGUUGCGAGUAUCGAAGAACAAGGCUGCAGCCAAGAGCUUUGGCAAGUUCUGA